CGCCGCGGCCGCGCGCGCCGACAUGUGUGAAAGCAGGAAGCGGAGCGCGGAGUUCGACGCACCGCGUCCACGUUCAGGGUUUCACUGAGCGGUUUUAAACGCUUUGGAGGCAUCGCUGAAGACGAAGUCUCCACCGGAGCAGACAUACACGCGUUUCUGAAGACCGCCGAUAUCUCUCGGCAUCCGCUGGAUUAACACGGGCGCGUGUGUAUGUGUUGUUAGAGCCUUGCUCGUCGCCUCUAAGCCGUGCAUGCUGACGCCGUGCAUCGCUCGUGUUUUCGGUUUGCUCGUGUAAGGAUGGGCUGCACGCUGAGCACGGAGGACAAGGCUGCGGUGGAGCGCAGCAAGAUGAUCGACCGGAACCUGCGCGACGACGGGGAGAAAGCGGCGAGGGAGGUGAAGCUGCUGCUGCUGGGUGCUGGGGAGUCUGGAAAGAGUACGAUAGUGAAGCAGAUGAAAAUCAUCCAUGAAGCAGGCUAUUCCGAGGAGGAGUGUAAGCAGUACAAGGCUGUGGUGUACAGCAACACCAUCCAGUCCAUUAUUGCCAUCAUCAGAGCCAUGGGCCGCCUCAAGGUCGACUUCGGGGACGCGGGACGAGCGGACGAUGCACGGCAGCUGUUUGUGCUGGCUGGCAGUGCAGAAGAAGGAUUCAUGACGCCGGAGCUGGCUGGCGUGAUCAUGCGUCUGUGGAAGGAUGCAGGGGUGCAGGCCUGCUUCAGCCGCUCCAGGGAGUAUCAGCUCAACGACUCCGCAGCCUACUACCUAAACGAUUUGGACAGGAUAUCCCAGAGCAGCUACAUCCCUACGCAGCAGGACGUGCUGAGGACCCGUGUGAAGACUACGGGCAUUGUGGAGACUCACUUCACCUUUAAGGACCUCCACUUCAAGAUGUUUGACGUUGGAGGUCAAAGGUCAGAGAGGAAGAAGUGGAUCCAUUGUUUCGAGGGCGUGACAGCCAUUAUCUUCUGCGUGGCCUUGAGCGACUAUGACCUGGCGCUGGCUGAAGAUGAGGAGAUGAAUCGGAUGCAUGAGAGCAUGAAACUCUUUGACAGCAUUUGCAACAAUAAGUGGUUUACAGACACCUCCAUCAUUCUGUUCCUGAACAAGAAGGACCUGUUUGAGGAAAAGAUUAAGAGGAGUCCACUUACCAUCUGCUACCCUGAAUAUGCAGGCACCAACACAUACGAAGAGGCAGCUGCUUAUAUCCAGGUUCAGUUUGAGGACCUGAACAAGCGCAAGGACACUAAGGAGAUCUACACCCACUUCACCUGCGCCACGGACACCAAGAACGUGCAGUUCGUCUUUGACGCCGUCACUGAUGUCAUCAUCAAGAACAACCUGAAGGACUGCGGACUUUUCUAGAAAGUCGCUGGCGUCCGGUGGAAUUGGAGCCAGUUUUGAUGUGCAUCCCCUCAGACUGUGGUUCUGAAGCUGUGUUUGGAGAGUGCUGCUCCUGGACCAGUGCUGUACAUUUUGUGUCUUGUUCACCUGCUUUAUUUAUGCUUUUGUCUCUAGGCAUUUUAAACAGUGGUGUCUUUAAAAAAAAACAAACAAACAAACAAAAGAAAGAGGAGUCUGUCAGAUGUUCGUGUAAUUGUUGCUGUUUGAGUCAUAUAACCUCCCCUCCCCACUCUCGCGUGCGCGCACACACGCACGCAUGUAUUCACAUUUGACUUUGUUUUUGUUUGUUUGUUUGUUUGUUUGUCCCCCCCGUCCUUUCACAUGCUGUAAGAGGAGACGUCAGAUCCAGUUUGUUGGCUUUUGUUCCUUGGCAUGUUUGUGCAGUAUUAGUUGCAUGCUUGGUUAAUACCUGCUCAAUAUCCCAGCUGUAAAGAAAAGACUCGUAUUGUGUUUGAUUAUACAUCGUAAAGGUGUGUGUGCGUGUGUGUGUGUGCGUGCGCGCCUGCGUGCGCGAGACAGAGUGUGUGUGAUUGAAUCUUCAUUUGUAUGUGAACAUGUGCGCGCUUCUGACAAGCCUCGUGUUGGAAAGAGGGAGCGGUGGUCCCAAGCUACAGAUCUCCAUAGCAACAAGAGUUGAGGGACUGCAGUGCUUCACUGGGUGUACAGUGCUGCCCUGCUGUCAGAUUCAGGCCCUGCAGGACAGGCGGGACGAGCGAGGGCCUGCCAGUCCUGCAGCCUGGUCUCGUUCUCCAGGGCAGCGCCUUUGACGGCCCUGCCGAACGAGGGAGGGAAGAUCCUCUCGGAGCAGGACUGCAGUGUCAUCGAGAAAGGCAAGCCCACGUAGGCUGUGGAAGUCAGGAGGAGGAGGAGGAUUUAUGAUGAUUUUCUAACUGCCGCUGCUGUCUCUGUUCUGUCCCUGUGUGCGGGAACAUUUGUACAUUCAUCACCCUUAUUUUGCUAAUAAAAGCAUUUGCAGCCCA